AUGACAGUUGCCCUUUUAAAUUUACGAGAUUUAGAACCUGACGCAUGUGCUCAAUUAAUUCAAAGUAUAAGACAAGCUGUAUUCAAUUAUAGUGCAGAAUUGGAAUAUGUUUACCCUUUGGCUUUAUUAGUUGAUGUCAGAGGUCCUGAUAUUGUAACUGGCGACCUUAAAGGUGGUCAUCGCACAAUGGUUGAACUUGUUCAGAAUGAAAUGAUUAGAUUAACUACUGAUGCGAGCUGGCGACAAUGUGGAACAAAUAGUUGUCUUUUUGUUGGAUAUGACCAUUUGACAGACUUACAGCCUGACGACCUUAUUUAUAUUGAUAGUUUAACAUCAGGAAAAAUUAAGCUAUCAGUUUCUGAAGUUGGAGAUGACUCUAUUGAAUGUAUGGUUAUAAGCGGAGGUAUAAUUGGAGCUAAAAUGCCAAUACGUAUAUCAAAAGUUCCACGUGAGGUCGAGACUACUAAUAAAAUAGGGCGUGAAAGUUUUGAUUCUAUUUCAUGUGACUCAUCACAACAGCCCUUUGAAUACAUGGAAGAUCAAAUAGCUUGGGCAGUGGGUUCUGAUAUUGAUGGGGUUUUAGUACCAAACGCACAAAAUUCACAAGACAUUCGUAAUGUAAGACACAUUCUAUCUGAAAAGGGCAAGCACAUUCUCGUCUUUGCAUGUAUAGAUUCAGUGCUGGGACUUGACAAUAUUGACCAACUAUUACUAGAGGCAGAUGGAAUUUAUAUUGAUAGAUGUGUUCUAAGUACUGAUUUACCAGUGGAAAAAAUAUUUAUAGCACAAAAAGUAAUUUUAGCGAAAUGUAACAUGUAUGGAAAACCAUGUAUAUGUAAAGCUGUGAUAAAUGAACAAAUUCCUACCCUCUGUGUAACAGAUAUAGCAAAUCUUGUUUUAGAUGGGGCAGAUGUUCUUUCUUUGGAAAUUCAUUAUGAUUCUCCAUUAAAAAAAAUUUCACCUUCCUUUGAUGCAGUACGUAUGGCUGAACACUGCAUAGCUUCAGCUGCAGUUAUUUGCAGACAAGCAGAACGAAUUAUAUGGCAACCAAAAACUUAUGGUAAUGUUGAACUUAUGCAAAGUCAACUUGAAGAACCAACAAAAGCAGUAUGCGUAAGCGCAGUAGAAUUAGCAAUGAGAUCUCGAGCUGUUGUUAUAAUUUGCCUGACUAAUUCUGGCCGUACAGCGAAAGUACUGUCACACGCUAAACCUAACUGUCCUAUCGUUGCUGUAACGAGAUCUUGUCAUACGGCUCGACAGUUACGUUUCUGGAGAGGAGUCCGAGCAAUGCAUUAUUUUGAAACGCCAAAAAAUACUUGGAUGUUAGAAGUUGAAUCUCGCAUAAAUUCUGCUCUAGAUUAUUGCAAAGCAAAAAGAGUUAUAUGUGCAGGGGAUGCGUAUGUUAUAGUAACAAGUCUACGCAAGGGUGUAGGCUAUUGUGAUUCUGUUCGUCUUUUGUAUGCGAGCGCUCGAGAUACAAUAUUUGUGGAG